CAGUGAACCCUCAUGAUGAUGUUCUCUCAGCAAAGAUUCUCUGGUCCUGAUCCACCAAGGCCAGAAGGUAUAGAGAAGACCUCCCACGUGAUAGUAUUUAUUCCUCCUGGAUCCAUCUCACCUGGUCUUGGCACAGUCUUUUCUUCAACAGAGCCAGAGUCUGAACUGAAGAGUUUUUGUUCUAGAAACAUACUGAUCAUCCUUGGCUUCUCCUCUAUCAUGGCUGUGAUUGCUUUGAUCGCUGUGGGGCUGACCCAGAACAAACCAUUGCCAGAAAAUGUUAAGUAUGGGAUUGUGCUGGAUGCAGGCUCUUCUCACACGAGUUUGUACAUCUAUAAGUGGCCAGCGGAAAAGGAGAAUGACACAGGGGUGGUGCACCAGAUAGAAGAGUGCAAGCUGAAAGGUCCCGGUAUCUCAAGAUAUGCUCAAAGAUUAAACGAAAUAGAUGCUUAUCUGACUGAAUGCAUGGAAAGAGCCAGUCAAGUGAUUCCAAAGUCCCAGCACCAAGGGACGCCUGUUUACCUGGGAGCUACGGCAGGCAUGCGGUUGCUCAGGAUGGAAAAUGAACAGUUGGCAGACAAAGUACUGAGUGUGGUGACCAAGAGCCUCAACAACUACCACUUUGACUUCCAUGGUGCUAGAAUCAUCACUGGCCAAGAGGAGGGUGCCUAUGGCUGGAUUACUAUCAACUAUCUGCUGGGAAAAUUCACUCAGAAAUUGAGUUGGCUCAACCUGAAGCCAAAUGGAGGCAAUUCUCAGGGAACCUAUGGAGCUUUAGACCUUGGGGGAGCCUCUACACAAAUCACUUUUGUGCCCCAAAACGAGAGGAUUGAGUCUCCAAGCAACGCUCUGCACUUUCGCCUCUAUGGCAAGGACUACAGCGUGUACACGCACAGCUUCUUAUGCUAUGGGAAGGAUCAAGCGCUCAGGCAGAAACUCGCCAAGGACAUUCAGGGUACAAAUGGAAUCCUCAGGGACCCAUGCUUUCACCCUGGAUAUGAAAUAGUAAUGAAUGUAAGUGAACUUUACAGUGGCCCCUGCACCAAGAGAUUUGAGAUGACUCUUCCAUUCGAUGAGUUUCAAAUCCAAGGCACUGGAAACUAUCAACAAUGCCAUGAAAGCAUCCUUGAACUCUUCAACACUAGUUACUGCCCUUACUCCCACUGUUCCUUCAAUGGGAUUUUCUUGCCACCACUUCACGGGGAUUUUGGGAAAACAGAUCAGCAUAUGAGGAGAGAGGUUCAACUCUCCUAUGGGACCCCCGCAGGAGAGCUUCACCCAAGGUCUCCUGGCUCAGCCCAAUGUCACAGAAAGAGCUCCCUGGAUAGAGCACAGGCCCUGUAGUAAGAGUACCUGCUUUAAAUUCUGGAUUUGCCACUUGUCAACUAUAUGAGCUCUUCAUUCCCACGGUCUCUGGGAAAACAAUAAUGGGUGGUACCAUGGAUCCAGGCUUACCUUACCCAUGGCCCAGACCAUAGUUCCUCCUCCCCUCAAGGUUUCUGAGGGAAAUAACAUGCAAGAACAAUGCCUGGCAGAGUAAGGCUUGGUGAUUAGUCAGCUCCAAACCUAAAUUUGUUACCAACUAGAACCUCACCUGGAUGCCCUAUAGCUGAACUGGCACUGGCAGCCAUAUUGGACUUUUCUGAGCCAACGCAGUUGCCUUGGAUCUAACUGCUGGAAGAUAAAAGAGGGGGACACAAAAAGGAGGAAGGUAGUGAGGGGUGCUGGGGACAGCCAAGGGCCCUUUCCAUUCCAGUCACUGAUAGGAAGUACAUCUGGAGGAAAAGAAAUGUACUAUUGUGUACUGACUUUUUAACUUUUCUGAAAGUUUCACCUCCAGGGAAAUAUAGCCCAAUUCUUGUCUUCAAGCAUGAGCAAACCCUUUCUACUUGAGGGUGGUGGUGGUGGAAUUUCUUGCCUUUGAAUGUGAUUCUUCCAACCAGGUAGGGAGAAGCGGAGUUGAAGGGGUAGAGGAGACUUGAGUUCCCCUUGGAUGCCUUUUUGUUUGGUCUCUUUGUCCCUCGCUGAAAUUGUUCUCCUUACAGCCUUCUGAACCUCUACUUGGCAGUCUCCUUAGACUAGCUCAUUGUUUUCCUCUGAAUAAGAUCUUUUUUCUCUGAAUAUAGCCCUUAAGGUCAGCACUGUACCUGUACGUAUUCCUGCUUUGGCAGUUUCUGUUACAGAACUUUUUUUUCCCCUCUGUAAUUUCUCCCUAAAGCCUAAAAAAAAACUUUUUUGGUCUGCUUCCUCACUUAUAAAAUGGGGACAGAAUUACCUGUCUCCUUGCUAGUUGUGUGUGAUAAGCCAGACAAGUGGUGGUGGACUAGUAAAUGUCUAACAACCAGCUCUCUGGGGAUGGAGGGGCUAAAUUGUGGCAUUUGCCAGUUUACAUAGUAGUACUCCUACCAUGGCCCAUUUUAAUCACCAUAAUAUCAACUGGCCCAAAAACUCUUGAAAUUUUAACAAUUAGCUCUUGUGAGUGGAUAAGAGCCACCUCCAGCAUAUCACCACCAGUAGCAGAAAGCUAAUGUACCCUAGCACCAUGUGGGCCCUUAGUAAGUUUAGCCCUUUGUCCUAAUGGUCCUCACCCUCAGCUGUUAUAGCUGCAGAAGUUCCCACUGCCAAGUUCUUCAUCUGGAAGCAUAACUAUUUGCAACACAAAAAUCCAGUUGCAUUCCAAUUAUUUCCAGGACCAAUUAGCCUGGGUAUUCUCAAGCCACAGAGAAUUUGCAGGGAGGGAAUGUUUGCCACAAUUACAUUCAGUGCUGGUGAUUUAAUUCUUACUCUUUAAAUAGGGUAUUAAAAAACUGUCGAUGUUGUUUUUCUCAGUUUGACUACAUUGGUUGCUAGACAGAAUCCAAUUUGUAGGCAAAUCAGAAACACCAAAAAGGAAAAGGGAACAUCUGUAGAGAAUUAUUUAUGAGGUAAUUUAGAAAAAUUUUUUAAAGAUCACAUUGUAUCAUUUAUAUAAACAAGAAAGAAUGUAAAACAAAUUCAAGAGGGAACUGGAAUUAAAGAACAUUAAACACUUGUUUGUUUCCAUAUGUAUACAUAUACUUGUGGGGGGGGGAGGGGCGCGCGCGCGCGCGCGUGCGUGCGUGCGUGCGUGCGUGUGUGUGUGUAUUUAGCUCUGAGCUUCUGAGUAGCCAAGGGGAAAAAUAAGACAUAGCAAGAUACAUAGUUUUCAUUAUACCCAGCAUACUGGGUCCCAGGACAAAGCAGAGCUAUUCCACAAUUGAUUCCCAAGGAUAUUUUAUAAAGGAGAUUUCAUUAGACAAUGUCUUUGACCAUAUUUUUUUAAAUUGCAAUUUCUUAUAGCAACUAUAAGCUAGAGGCAUAAUAUUAAAAAGCCAACUCAGUCAUAGCAAUUCUGUAAUGGACUGAGGCAGUAGGUCUUUGAUAGAUACUCAGCUUGAUAGAAGGGAAGAAUUCAGAGUAGCUGGAAAAGGGGGAGACAUGUAUCUUUCAAGUCCUCUUCCAUAAAUAUCUAAGCUGGAAACUGGAAGAUGGGGAGCUGACCUUUUGAGACUAUAUGUUCUCUAAAGAUGGCCUAGAAUGUUACUAUUCUCAGUUGCUGUUUAAAUAUGGGCCCACAGGUUAUAGACACCAAUCAAUUAAAGGUUUAUAAAGUAAGGCUAAUUCCUAACAUGGAGAUUAAGAAGCUGAUCACAGAUUUUGACCUCAGUAGUACAGGCCAUCCCCCUUAGUACCUAAAGGCAAAGUCAGGAAUUCCUAGAACUAAGUCAGCAUUUCCCUUAAUAAUUGCCUUUAGGUCCAUUCUGGCAACAGAAUGUCUAUCUGAUGUAUGGAGUCUCCUAAAUCAUACCCCAAGAACAGAAUCAGAAUGAUUUUUUUUCUUCCAGACUUUUAAAGAGUCAUCUACCACAGCCAUAGGAAGAAACUUGGUGAUGUAUCCUUGAACCAUCUGAUUUUGAGCAGUGUAUCCUCAUGAGGUAUUAAAAGAAGAAGGUGGUUUUGUCAUUCAGUAUAAUUCUUGGGAUUAUGAAUAGAAGCAUUCUUUUUAAAAAAAAACUUUUAAAAUGUUUAUUCAUUUUUGAGAGACAGAGACAUAGUGUGAGUUGGGGAGGGGCAGAGAGAGAGCGAGAGGGAGACACAGAAUCUGAAGCAGGCUCCAGGCUCCAAGCUGUCAGCACAGAGCCCGAUGCAUGCAGGGCUUGAACUCACAAACCAGGAGAUCAUGACUUGAGCUGAAGUCGGACACUCAACCGACUGAGCCACCCAAGCGCCUCCCCAAAUAGAAGCAUUCUGAAUAGGGUUAAGAUUACUUUUUAAUUACAUAAUAUAAAUAAAUAAAGAAAAACAUACUCACCCUAAACGUUAUCAUCCCAUCCCAUCUCAUCAGCACUUAAUUUUGUGAGUUCAAUUCCAAUGCAUGUUUGUAUAAACAAUAUUCCACCCUAGAAGAGACUUUUCCAAGGGAUGUAAGAGGCCAGCUUAGAUAUUAAAACUCACCUGAGUGGGUUUCUGAAGAGCAUAUACAGCCAGGAAAACUAUCAGUUAGGCCUUGACACAUGAAGACUUUCAGAAAAGAUUGACAGAUAUAUAAAAUGAAAAAACAAGUAUGAAUUUGAGUAUGAAUGGUUCCUGAGCAGAAGAGAAAUAGAUGACCUUAUUCUGGAGCACAACUGCCCAAGAAAGAAAGAUGAAUAAACAUAUUCCCAGCUCAAACAGCAAGGAGGAUUUGCCCCUGAUUCUAAGACUUGAUCUCUAUUGUGGCUACAGAGAAAUAGUAAUUUCUAUAGUCUAUUUCUAUACGGAAUAUAAAAAUAACAUUAUGAUCUGAAAAAAAAAUUUAAAAAUAUGUAAAGGAGAUGACCUCAUCAGGAUGCAGGAGACUGAAGGGGAAGGACCCAGAAAGGGAAGCUGGUCAAACAUCUAGAGCCAAGAUGAAAAGCUAAGACAGGUGUUUCUCAUAAUGAUCCAUAAACAGAUUCUGACAGUCACAUUCAGGUGCGUGUUAACAAGGCUUUUCUUCCUUAAGGAAUAUCAAAACCAGACUGCGGAUCGGGUCCAGCCAGGACACCUAAACUAUGAGCAGUUUGCUGAAGGCGUCCCGCAGGGAUAAAACAUUAAGGAAGCUAACUCUUUAUCU